UGUUAUUUACUUGAUCUUCUUUUACAGGAAUCAAAGAUUUGAAAUUAUGUGAAUUUUUUCUACUUAACUAAUUUUUUUAGUAGAAAUGGCUGCUGAGAUAAAACCAAUGACUUGUGCUGCAAGUAGCCAAAAGACACUUACAUCUGAAAAGCCAAAUUUGCUGUCUAAAAUUGAUAGUCCUGGUCAUGAAGUAUUUGGUGUUCAUAUUUUGUCACAAGGCAGAUCAAUUCUAUCCAUUUCAGAUGACAGGUCUGUACGCAUAUGGCAGCAACGAGCAAAUGGUCAGUUCUGGCCAAGUGUUUGCCACUACUUAUCAUCACCACCCACCAGUCUCCACUACACUGCAUCUUCUCGGACACUUAUCAUUGGUCUUCACAAUGGAACCGUCAUGGAGUUUGAGGUAGCCCCAGAUGAGAAUAGCUUGAAUCAUCUACGAGAUUACCUGAGCCACCAGGGACGUGUGACGGGCGUGCUUUUUUCUGGCAGCCAUUCUUGGAUACUCUCAAUAUCCAGAGACAAAUUUUUCUCAUUCCAUUCGACCACAACAGGCCACAGGCUUGGUGGGUACGAGUGUGGAGGUUGGUGCUCGUCUAUGGAGUUUGAUGCUCCUACAAGUCAUGUCUUCGUGGGUGACUACACUGGCGUCAUCACCAUGCUCAAGCUUGAUGCUGGCAGCUGUACACUUGUCACCACACUCAGAGGCCACACGAGCUGUGUGAGCGGCCUGGCAUGGGAUGGGGCGGCGCAGCAGCUGUUCAGCGGCUCACACGACCACAGCGUCAUGGUCUGGGACGUGGGGGGCGGCAAGGGCGCUGCCUAUGAGCUGCAGGGACACACAGGCAAAGUUCGGGGCCUGAAGCACUGCAGCGAGCGCAGGGUGCUCGUGUCUGGGGGCGAGGACGGUAUGCUCGUGUGGUGGGACAUGGCGUGCUCGCGUCUUGUCACCCCAGAGUGGAGUGAGAGCGACAACUGCCAGUACUGCGGCCGUCCCUUCUUCUGGAACGUCAAGGCAAUGAUCAACCAGAAGCAGCUGGGGCUCAGGCAACAUCACUGCAGGAAGUGCGGCAAGGCCGUAUGCGACAGCUGCUCCAGCCGCCGCACCAACAUACCGGCCAUGGGCUUCGAGUUCAACGUGAGAGUUUGUGAGCGCUGCUACGAGACAAUCUCUGACCAGGAGAAUGUGGCGAGUAAGGAAAGUCUGGCUGUGUUCCAUGAAGCCAAGCAUCCUGUGACCGCCAUGGCCGUUGACCUCGAGUGCGGCUCUCUGGUAACUGUCGGUACGGACAACGUCAUCAAAAUUUGGGACGUGAAGCCUCUUCUCAACAACUGAUGCGUCAGCGCGGUGCUGGCGUCUACGGGCCUGCAUAUCAUUAAUUACCAAGUGUUUCUGUUGUUGCAUUUCUAUCUUGAUUCACCGUGUCGUAUCUUCCUUGCCUUUUGUAUUUUUCAAAGUAACAGCUAUUUAUUCUCUUCACUUUCUUUCUCAGCGAAGGGAAUAAUUUAUCGAGCUCGAAAUUAGCUAGCAGAUACGACUUGGUUUUUGCAAUGGGUUUACCUUGAGUGCAAUGUAGUUAGAAAUAAUCUCCCGUAAGCGGAAAUUUUUUCAAUGAAGUGUCCUGCAUUUGACAGAACUAAUGAGCAAGCUUCUUUUUUGUCUUAACAUCAAGAUUUCUGUUUUCAGGCAUGCCCUUAAAUUCAAUAAUCCUAAUCUCUUCAACAAAUACUGUGGUUCAAGAGAAACACUCUGAGCAUAGGGAGUCUUCUAAACAGCGUAGAGUUUGUAGGAUGAAUAAGCUCAGAUAUUGCAAGAUUUGGACGAAUAAGUAGUUGCUUAUUACAAGUCAUUGUAGGACAAAAUCGUGAACGGUUGGGUUGUUGAAUGUUAUUAAACUAUUUACUGAUGGGAAUUUCUAUAGCGUGAUAUGUUGAAGUGGCUGUAGCGUUGAUGCAACAUUUAAUUUAUUUCUCUUGAUGAUAAGCAAUAUAUGUUCUUAUAGCGAUUGGGACGGCCCCAGCCCUCCAAGAGUUUAUGACAUAACAUUGCAGACCGUAACUUUCUCUGCUCGCAUUCUUGGUAUUCCUCGUCUUAAAGAGUCCUUAAAUAACGUAAAAAUUUUUAUUAACCGUUGUUUUUUUCCUGUUUAAAGUUAGAAUUUAUUUUUUAUCCCUUUCUUCUUGCCUAGGACGUUUGUAUACUGGGAUGGGCAUCUGUUUCUUCGCUUCCGUACUCUUAUAAUUUCUUUUUGUAUCUCAUGAUGCUUUAUUAUGCAACUGUUUAAUAAUGCUGAUAUUUUAUUGCUGAUUUACUUGUGGCCGAAUGGCUGCUUGCCAUGCAAUAUUCCCUGUUAGGCAGCUGCUUGUUAAUAUAUUCGCUAGUUAAUUAUUGGCAGGGAAUAUGUCGCGAUUUGCGAAGAAUGGCGCCUAAGAUCUCGUUAUGACAAAAAACAUUAUAAACAUUUUUUUCUUUCCAUGACGUUUGUUUUGUCGUCUGCACGACGAAGUAGGAGGAAGUGUCGCCCUACUUGAUGCCUUCCAUUAACGUUUUUGAACCGUACUGAUUUUUGUAUACUAAAGUCUUUAUCGGUGGAGGAAGAGGCUGCAUUUUUCGCGCUCGGCCGUUUUACUAUCAACUUUGAUCGUGACCAAUAUUUGCUCUGCGACUUGUGUUAAUGAGCUGAAUGCAUUCCAUGUGAUGUUCUCAUUACUUUGUGCAAAUUUAUUUUUACGAUACUGCAUUUUGUAGCUUGAAAUAGUAAGGAAGUGUUAGUUUUUUUCCGCAGAUUUUAUGUUACCAUACGUCCCUUAUAUCUUCGUUUAGUCUCUGCUUCAUACUUCAGCAGCGUGAUGCGCCUUUAGCAGAUACUUGAAUCUGCAAUUAAGUGCAUAUAUAUACAUCAAUCAAUUGUCGUUUAUCGAAGAGGGAGGAAGAUAUGGUAGUGGUUCCUUAGAUUCAUUUUUUGCCGUUCAUUCUCCACUGAAUUUGAAUUACUGUACAGAGUGAAAAAGUUAAUUAUGAAGCAUGACAAAUUUUAUUCAUUUGAAAAUAAGACAUCAUAAAACUAUUUCUGUUCUAGUCCUUUCAAAAGUAAUAUCAAUCUUAUACGGCGAUCUCUUUACAUGCAAGUACGGUAGUCCAUUAAAAUGUUAACUUCAAUGCAUGUAAUGGUUUUGAAGUCACAAACGAAACUGAUCCUGCAAAAACCAGGCAUAACAAGGCAAGGACUUCAUAUGUGGCUUAACCGUAUUUGUGUGUCACUUAUCAUUAUUGUGCUUAUAAUCGUGUAUGAUAACUCAUGUUCAUAAUGUAAAAGAAACCACACUUCCGUU